UGGCCAAAUGGUUUCAGUUUCUCAGAACUUCACCCACUGCAAAAGUUACAGUGCAUUUCAGCAUUUGCUCACUUGGGAAAAUCCAGAAAGCCUCACAAGAUUGCAGGAGGGUAGCAAGGACAAGAGGCAGAGCCCUUCCACCCACACCGAGCAGCAAGAGCAGACACGGCGCGAGCUUGAACAAUGGCCUCAGAAGUCCAUAUGCCAGGCCCUGUGUGCCUCAUUGAGACUGUGAAAGGGCAACUGGUAGCCAACCAGGAGGCUCUGCGGAUCCUGUCUGCCAUCGAGCAGCCAGUGGUGAUGGUGGCCAUCGUGGGCUUCUACUGCACAGGCAAAUCCUACCUGAUGAACAUGCUGGCUGGGAAGAACACAGAAACAGGCUCGACUACUACAGAGAGGAUUCUAGAAGGGGGCCAAAAGGCUUGAAGAAGAAAGGAUACAUCUCCAGCAAAAGAAACCAAAGUGCAAAUGCCAUCGUAAGCUAUGGUUCUAAGAAUAGUGCCAUCCUGGUUCUCAAAACAGAGCUGAUCAGGUGUAGAAUAUGCAACAAGUGUCACUUCAAUUGGUAAAAAUUGGGUCCUGCAUAAGAAACCUAAAAGUCUGCAAAGAUGUGUGAUGUGAUCAUUGAAAUCAUGUUUAUCUUCCUAUAAGAUUGAGCACCGAGGAUGCCAUUAGCCUCUACCACAGUAGAGGUAGCAACAGCACUGCUCAGAACAAAGUCUUUUUCUAGAUGAUCUUCAAGAGGCAAAUGGACACUGUAUGCAUUCUUUUUAAAAGAAAAACUUUA